CUGGAGCUUUUCGGGCAGAGUUGUUGGUCAGACAGCCAUUGCGGUAUCGUGGCUCCGUAACUAAACGUCAAAAUCCACGUAAAAUUGGGCCUGGCAGCACACGGGGAGCCUGUUUUUACAUGAAUAUACGAGCUAACACUUUACCACCACCGAUCUACGUCUAAAAAACGGGACCCACCAGCUCCGGAUAUGUCCUUCAUCUUCGAUUGGCUUUAUAGCGGUUUCAAUAGUGUUCUACAGUUAUUAGGACUGUACAAGAAGUCGGGGAAGUUAGUAUUUCUGGGCCUGGACAAUGCCGGCAAAACCACACUACUGCACAUGCUCAAAGACGACAGACUGGGCCAGCACGUGCCAACCCUACAUCCCACGUCUGAGGAGCUGACGAUCGCAGGGAUGACCUUCACCACAUUUGACCUUGGAGGACACGCACAAGCACGCAGAGUGUGGAAAAACUACCUCCCCGCCAUCAACGGCAUCGUGUUCCUGGUGGACUGUGCGGACCACGGGCGACUGGCAGAGUCCAAAGCAGAACUCGAUGCGUUGAUGACAGAUGAGACGAUUGGAAACGUGCCUAUCCUGAUCCUGGGGAAUAAAAUUGACCGGGCGGACGCCAUCAGUGAAGAGAAACUGAGGGAGUGCUUCGGACUCUAUGGACAGACCACAGGAAAGGGGACCAUCCCUCUGAAAGACCUGAACACACGCCCCCUAGAGGUGUUCAUGUGCAGCGUGCUGAAGCGACAGGGCUACGGAGAGGGCUUCCGCUGGCUCUCCCAAUACAUCGACUAAACAACAACCACCACCACCAACUACCAACAAACAAACAAACAAACAAACCAACAUCUAAAAUCACCAACCAGAUCCACCACCUCCUCCAUGUGACCACCGGGGGCGCUAUACCCAGCCACUCUCACCACAACAGCCAUAACCCCCGCAGACUCCCCCAUAGACUCGAUACGGUUGGACAUUUUGCACUUCAGAAAAUCAUUUUUCUUUUUUUUUUUCUUUUUUCCAAGAGCCGCAAAUCCAAGAAGUCCAACUUUUGUAAUCUUUUUAGUGUCUGUCUCUUCACCUCUUCUCUUCUCUUCGUUCAGUGUAGAUGACUCUCUCUAUAAAUAUCACUGUACAUUCCUAUAAGCUCAUUGAUUUAGGUCACAGCAAUCUUCUGUGUCUCCUCAAAUAGAAACCAUUUGCCGUUUUUUAACAGUCCUCAUUUUCAUUCACAUUGUAAUCUAGUCAUUCAUUUUUUUUCAAUAAAAUACAAAAUAUGGCCACGUAAACAGCACUCAUAUGUAGUGUUGAAACAUUAUCAAAUUUAAAGCCUCACUGCGUCACUUGCGCCUCUUUGCUCGUCUCCACGGAGAUGUUAUUGCCUCGCCUGGGUUGUUCCACAGUAUGGCGUUAAACUUCUCUAUCUAGCUUUUAUUUAAAGUGUUUCUAUUGCUCAGAUAUACCUUGAAAAACGCGCAUUCUUCCCCGCUCGACUAAUACCAUGCUGCAGAACAUCGCAAGAAACAGCAAUAACUCGCAGAAAAGUUGCGCAGUGGAGCUUUAAAAGUCUUUCUCGAGGUGGUUUUUCUAUGUUGUAGCGUCCGAAUAAGCAGAUAGAACGCAUUUUUGAGACAGUUUAGGUGGAUGGAUGACCAAUUGAGUGGGGGUUUUAAUAGAAAUAAUGGAGCUCAACAGUCCCGCCCACUUCCAAGUCCACUCUAAUUCCGGAACAAAAUUUCGAUUCAUUUUUCCCGUCGACUUUCCAAAAAAAUUCUAAUAUUGAGAGUUUAAAGACCCGGCAAAGGCUGACUGAAGUCCUUAACGCUGUAGUUUUAAGCAUGUUUAAAGCUCUUAACUUGAUGGUUUAUUGAUAUUUUGCUCUGACAUCAUUCUGGGGGUGUUCUAUCUGUAUCUCUGUGGUGACAUGUUCAACAGUUACCACGGCGACACAAUGCACACAUUAGCAAAAACUGCCAGAAAUGUCAUAAGAUAGUCUGAAAACUCACAAAAAAACACGAAAAGGAUUUAAACUGUGCACUUUGAUCAUGUUUAAGUGUUUGAUUUUCAGCAAAAAGGUGAGUGGGACUAACUGAAAAACUGCUACCUGUCCUGUGAUGAGUCAUUUUACGUGUGAGAAAUCGGCACAAAUCGGCUCACCUGUCAGUCCGUUCUUUCGGGUCAGAUUAAAGACAAACUUCAAUAUUAUUUUUUUGGAAUGUUGAUGGGAAAACUGAAUGGGAGUUUUGCUCGGGGAAGCAGGCUGUGUGUGGACACUGUUGGGCCCCGUUUGUCUGUAGUGGAUGAACUCAAACGGCUCGAUGCAGUACUUUGAAGGAGGGAGCAGUCGUAGUUUAAAAGCCCAUAUUAUUUAACAGGGUGGAGUUUUAGCGACCAAGAAGAAAUGAAUUACAAAAUGUGUCCAAAAAGUGAUAUUUUUAUUGAAGAGAAUAAAAAAAUAUAACACACGCUCUAUGUAACUUUUCCGGUGGAGAGUCGACCACACACUUGUCUCCGUCUUGCUUUGCCUCAAAAGUUCCAGAGUAUGGCAUUAAACUAGUGUGCAUCUAUAAUUACUGGCCUAGAUUGAUAAUGAAUGCCCUAUUGUGGAACAUGGUGGAGACAAGCAGGUAGCGGACCCUCCACCAGAAAAAGGAUCUGAUAAUAUUUAUAGUAAACCGCACAUUUCAAACGCAGGAUUGUAACAAAAAGAAAUGAUGAAUCAACUAUUUUUAAUCAAUAUUACAAAAAUGUAUAGUGCACUUCUUCAGUAUGAGAUGUCAUGAAUACUGCUUUCUGGACAUAUUUUGUUGGCCCUAUAGUAAAAACAGGGCCUAAAUCUUGAUUCUAACCUUAAAGGGACCAUACAUUUAUGAAGUGUACCCAAUAACGUACAUGGAUUUUUGUAUUUCCAAGAUGGUGUCCUUUAGACUGUGCAUUACAACACAAACUUUAUGCAUGCCUUCUUAUUUUUACAAUAUUCCAGUGAAAAGGAGGGAGGAGAACAUGCCAAAACGAACCAGGAACGCUGAAAUGUAAAGUGUUUUUUUAAUGGAUUUCUGUCCCUAUAUUGUCUAAUACACAGUCCAUUCCCAUUAUGUCCAAUUAGACCAACAGAAAGACUACGGGACGAUGCUGUUUUUUGAAUCAAACAAAUGUAAUAAAUGUUUGCAAUGAAUAACAGGCUUUGAGUCCAUUUGGAGUAAAAAUAAAUGAUAUUAUUAGUACAACAAA